AUGAACCCCCACCUGCUGGUUCUGCUCUUGGCCAAUGCUGCCGCGACCCUCCUAGCAAACCCCCACCCAGGGCCCACCCAGCCCGACGCCCUGCUGGUGUUCCCGGGGCAGACCGCCAGGCUGCUGUGUGCCCUCAAGCCGGAAUUUGCCAUCCGGGACCACGGGGUCUCCUGGUUCCAGCAGCACCCGGGUGGCGCCCCCCAGUUCCUGCUCCACUUUUACUCGAAGGAAGAGCAGGACCGGGCUCCCGGGCUCCCGCCGCGCUUCUCGGCCUCCAAGGACGAGGCCCAGAACGCCUGCCUCCUGACCAUCUCCCCGGUGCAGCCAGAGGACGACGCGGACUACUUCUGCUCCGUGGCCUACGGCUUCUAG